UCCAACCUACCCAACAGCAAAGCCAACUCUAUAAAUAAUAUAAAAUCCUUCUCGUCUUCAUCCUCCUCCUCUUUCCAUACGAAGCCGAUCGACAUGGAGGUGGAAGUACAGAGAGUUCAAUCCAUCGCGUCUCUCGGCCUCGACAUGAUCCCGCCGGAAUUCAUCCGGUCGGAGGAGGAGCAGCCGGGUCUCACGACUUUCCAAGGCCCGGUGCCGGAGAUUCCGGUGGUGGAUAUCGGCCAUGGCGAUGAGGAGAAGACGGUGGAGGACGUGGUGGAGGCGGCGAAGGAGUGGGGGAUUUUUCAGGUAGUGAAUCAUGGGAUUCCGGCGGAGGCGGUGGCGCAGUUGCAGAGAGCGGGCAGAGAGUUUUUUGGGUUGUCGCAGGAGGAGAAGGAUAAGUAUGCGAUGAAGGAAGGGAAGUUUGAGGGAUAUGGGACGAAGCUUCAGAAGGAGGUGGCGGGGAAGAAGGCCUGGGUUGAUUUCUUGUUUCAUAACGUCUGGCCGCCGGCGAGCAUUAAUUAUGGGGCCUGGCCCGACAACCCGCCCGAUUACAGGUUGUUUGUUUCAGCCUUUCAGGAUCCGCUCUUCCUCAAAUUUUUUUUUUUUAGAAAUUAUCAAUUGCAGUUUUCAGUUUGUGAGAUUUACAUGCAAUGACUAAAUUUUUAUAUUAAUUUAUAUAAUAUUCAAUAAUUUAAAUAAGAGAUAUCACUAAUCUUUUCAU